AUGUGCCCGCGGAGACCUUCCCGAACUUCCCACCACCCCGUGUCCUCUCGCCCCACUACCCGCACCCACCUGCCGCCCUCUCCCCCACUACCACGCGCGGUGCAGCCCGACCAACCCACCCCCGCCGGCGUCGCCCCUCCCAACCUUCACCGUCACCGGCGCCGCCCGUCCCAACCUUCACCGCGCCCGGCGCCGCCCCUCCCAAACUUCACCCCUGCCUGCAUCCCUCCGGCGCUGCCCCUCCCAACCUGCAUCGCCUCCUGCAUCCGGCGAAAGCCCCGGCCCCCGGAGAGCCGCGCCCUGAACUUCCGGUCGAAUCUGACCGGAUCCCGGCGAUGUCCUCCGCCCUGGCGACGCGAGCUCCCCCUUUCCUGGCUCCACGCAUCCCCGCGCCAUCCCCUCCCCUGGAUCCUUGACGAGCUCCGACGCCGUGUCAAGGAACGCCGAGGUCAUCGCCUCAACCGCCACCCCUCCCUCUCCCGCAUCCAAAAGCCCCAGCGACGUGCGCCACCACGCCGCCGCCCACCACCACCGGGAUGUCCCCCUCUGCGCGCGGAUCCGGUCUUGCCCGAGCUCCCCCGGGACGGAGGAACACAGGGCAGAGGCACCACCACCGGGAGGAGCAGAACAAGGGGCGCCGGCACUAGGAGCAGCUCACCGCGCCUCACCUUGACACCUCCUCCCUUCUCCCUCCAACAGACCGUCCCGCAGCCACGCACCCCACCGCCGGCGCCGCUCCUCACCUCUGGCGUCGCCAAGAGCCUACACCACCUCGGGCCUUCUCCCACGCAGCCAGUGGCGGCUUCCUCUUCCUCCAGCUGCUCGCGCCCCUCGGCGGAGGACUCUCGCUAUCGCCUCUGCAACCCCUGCCUCAGCAUCCAUCACAGGUUAAAAAAAGAUUUUUUGAUGGCUCAGUCGAAACACACUUGCACUAGAAAUACAUGGACUAGUGAUUUGUGGAACUUGAACUACAGAGACUUGAGCCCCCACACGCCGCCGCCCCAUCCGCCGCUGCGACAAGCAACCCUGGGAUUGCCACGACCUCGGCCAUUAGAUACAGGCUAGAAGUUAGCUUAUUUUUUCUCGGUGUUCAUGCUAUGGCUAGUAACCUUUUGAUGCCACUGUAUACCACAAUACAUAGGACAGGCUGUUCACAUUAUCACCCCUUGAAAAGCUCCUAACCUGGUUCAGUUGUGUAAAUUCGAUGUCAACCAGGUGUUUGAUAAUUGUUGAACUAGUGUUAUACUACGUUGAAGUAUAAUAUGUGGGCUCUGCGCUGCUGCCUAGCUGCCACACUGGAUUCUGUGUUGAGAGAGUAAAAAGUUAUUUCUCGGCAUUUUGUAUAAGUUCCUAGCUACUACGGCUACACUUUGUUUUGGAUUC